GGUAAUCUGAACAGAGCAAGUCCGGGGUUGAAAAAAUCGUGGGAAGAAAAAUGGGAGUGAAAAAUUGUGGCGUCAAAGAAAGGCGUAGGUACCCACUACAUCGAUCCGAAUCGGUUUUGGUUUUGUGUUGGAAUUGGAAUUCCGUUUUAAGCAGGUCAUUCGUACCCACAUACUAAGCCUGUGCGGCACGUUACUAUCUUUGUCAUUUUCUUUCGCUUUUUUCUCCCCUUUAAACUUUCUGCGCAAAGAGAAAGAAUCAACGCGCUUCACUAUGUCGGGCGUGGAAGAAUAAAUAUACAUGUAGGAAAACAGAGUCUGUAGGGAAAGGAAAAGACUUGGAGAUAACAGAGGUUUUGUUUGCUGUUUGUUUUUGUUUGUGUUUUAUCUUUUAGCGGAGCAUUCUGAGUAGAAAUUUGUUUAUUAGGGGUUUCGGAUCCCUUUAAAAUCUGUGUUACCUCUAAUCAAAACAGAGGAGACGACUGACUGCCUGGACUGGUCGAAUGGCGACAGUGGAGUUCGAUCGAGCGUCCAGUUCUAGCAGUCGAAAUGAGGGAAGAGGAGGGAGGAGUGGGUAUUCGACGGCGAGAAAUAGUAUUGAUCUUGAGAGUAAUAAUAGUAGGGAAUUGGGGUGGAUGUAUGGGCGGAGAAGCCAUGAAGUUCAGUCGGAAGAGGAGUUUGUUGAAGUUACUUUGGAUGUUCAUGAUGACUCCAUUGUUCUGCGUAGUGUUGCUCCGGCUCCUGCUGGGCUUCAGGAGGAUCCUGAGGUGGUGGUCAUGGAGGCUGGCUAUGAUAAGCGGAGCUCCAGGAGUUCUUCGUUUGGGAGGAGCACUUCCAGUCGGAUUAAGCAGUUCUCGCAGGAAUUGAAGGCCGAGGCUUCUAGCAGGGUGAAGCAGUUUUCUCAGGAAUUGAAGGCCGAAUUGAGGAGGUUUUCUUGGAACCAUUCUUCGGCUUCCAGGAAUCUGGGUCAGAGUAGUGAUCCCAUGGUGGCUCGGGCUCUGAGGAAGCAGAAGCUGGAGCUUGAUAGGAACCGGUCUGGGGCUCAAAAGGCUCUUAAAGGUCUGCGUUUUAUCAGUAAUGCGACUGCUAAUGCCGAGGCUGCGCAGAAACAGUGGAGUAUCGUUGAGGGACGGUUUUAUGAACUUGCUAAAGAUGGGUUGCUUUCCAGAGCUGAUUUUGCUCAGUGCAUUGGAAUGAAGGAUACCAAGGAAUUUGCAGCCGAGUUGUUUGAUGCCUUGGCUCGGCGAAAGCGACAGAAGGUUGAGAGGAUUACUAAGGAUGAGCUGUAUGAAAUGUGGUCGCAGAUAUCGGACCAGAGCUUUGAUUCUCGCUUGCAGAUCUUCUUCGACAUGGUUGACAAGAAUGCGGAUGGACGGAUAAACGAGGAGGAAGUGAAAGAGAUUAUUAUGCUGAGCGCCUCGGCCAAUAAACUGUCCAAAUUGAAGGAGCAAGCGGAGGAAUACGCUGCCUUGAUCAUGGAAGAGCUGGAUCCAGAGAAGUUCGGAUACAUUGAGUUAUGGCAGCUUGAAACACUCUUGUUGCAGAGAGAUACUUACAUGAACUAUAGCCAGGCCCUGAGCUACACAAGUCAGGCUCUGAGUCAGAACCUGGGCUUAAGGAAGAGGGGCCCAAUUCAAAAAUUUAGGAAUAAGAUCAAGUACUUCCUGGACGAGAAUUGGCAAAGGGUCUGGAUCAUUGUGCUCUGGAUAGCAGCCAUGGCAGGGCUGUUUACAUGGAAGUUCAUUCAAUACAAGAAUAAGGCGGCUUACCAUGUAAUGGGCUACUGCUUAUUGACUGCCAAAGGAGCUGCAGAGACUCUUAAGCUGAACAUGGCCCUCAUACUGUUUCCAGUUUGCAGGAACACAAUCACAAGGCUUCGUUCCACUAGGCUGGGACGAUUCGUUCCUUUCGACGACAAUAUAAACUUUCACAAGACCAUUGCAGCGGCAAUUGUAGUGGGAGUGCUUCUCCAUGCAGGAAAUCACUUGGCCUGUGAUUUUCCUCGACUGAUCAAUGCUUCUGAUGAAAAAUUCGAUCCAAUUAGAGAUGAUUUUGAUGGAAAGCAACCAUCAUAUUGGGAUCUGGUAAAAGGUGUGGAGGGAGUAACAGGGAUCAUUAUGGUGAUCCUCAUGAUCAUUGCCUUCACUUUGGCUACACACUGGUUCAGAAAGAAUGUUCUCAAGCUUCCUCGCCCCUUCAACAGACUCACAGGAUUCAAUGCCUUCUGGUACUCUCAUCAUCUACUGAUCGUUGUGUACAUCUUGCUCAUCGUCCAUGGCAUUUUCCUCUAUCUUGUGCACAAAUGGUACUUGAAAACGACAUGGAUGUAUAUAGCAGUACCUGUUUGCUUAUAUGCUGGAGAAAGGAUACUGAGGGCCUUCAGGUCUGGCUAUUACAAUGUGCGGAUAUUGAAGGUUGCCAUCUACCCAGGAAACGUUAUGUCCCUUCAUACCUCCAAACCUCGUGGGUUCCGAUACAAAAGUGGACAAUACGUAUUCGUUCAAUGCCCUACUGUGUCUCCAUUCGAGUGGCAUCCUUUCUCGAUCACUUCAGCCCCCGGGGACGACUAUGUUAGUGUCCAUAUCCGCACACUAGGAGAUUGGACCAGAGAAUUGAAAAGGGUUUUCUCAGAGGCAUGCGAGCAACCGGCCGGGGACAGAAGCGGGCUUCUGAGAGCAGACGAGACCACCAAGAAGAGCCUACCGAAGCUGCUCAUCGACGGGCCUUACGGUGCUCCCGCGCAGGAUUACACAAAAUAUGACAUUUUACUUCUGGUGGGACUGGGCAUCGGAGCGACUCCUUUUAUCAGCAUAUUGAAGGACUUGCUCCAUAACAUCAGACGGAGAGAAGACUUGAAUGAUUCCAACACUGAUUUCAGCCGAUCGACCACUGAUCUAGACAUCAGCGAUCCAGCAAGCACAACCACUCAAGAUUCUUCGACUUCCUUUAAUAAUAGACCGGCGGUACCCGGGAGUCCCAAGAAAAAGAAGCCGUUCCACACAUCUCGAGCCUACUUUUAUUGGGUUACGCGAGAGCAAGGCUCCUUCGACUGGUUCAAAGGAGUCAUGAAUGAAGUGGCUGAGAUCGACAAAAAGGAUGUGAUCGAAAUGCACAACUAUUUGACGAGUGUGUACGAGGAGGGAGAUGCAAGAUCAGCCCUGAUCGCCAUGGUCCAAGCUCUCAAUCAUGCUAAACAUGGGGUCGACAUUGUCUCUGGCACAAGGGUUCGUACUCAUUUUGCCAGGCCCAACUGGAAAAAGGUCUUCUCAAGAAUAUGUACAAAGCAUCCGAAUGCAAAAGUUGGAGUAUUUUACUGUGGACUUCCAAAACUGGCGCAAGAGUUGGGCGAGCUCUCACACGAAUUCAACGAGAAAGGAACAACCAAAUUCGAGUUUCACAAAGAACACUUCUAAACGACUGUUAUGGGCACCUUGAUUAUAUUAAAUAACCUCAUAAAUUUUGCAGUUAUUCAAUAUUCUUGACAUAGAAUGGAAUGGAAUGGAAUCAGAAUGUACAUAAGAAAAGAAGAAAGUAAGUUCUAUAUAUGCUGUUGUGUAGGUGCGGAACCCGCGGGUCACUGCAAAUAAAAGAUUCUUUUGCAGCUGUCGGCCAUCGGACCAAGUCUCGGUCUGCCAACUCUGUAGAAUUUUUAACUAAUGUUGCUGACAUAACAAAAAUUAUAUUCAA